AUGUUGCGGGCGCCCGCUGCCGAUUCGAAUAAGGAUGUUAUUUUGGAAGUUCUGAGGAGAUUUGCUACAUCUGGCAAAAAAGUAUUCGAAAUCGCAUCGGGAACCGGCCAACAUGUUGCUCAUUUUGCGAAGGCACUUGAAGAUGUGACGUUCCAGCCUUCAGAAGUCAAUGGGCGAUCUCUACACAGCAUAGUUGCAUAUUUGGAUCAUAAUCAGUUUCAAAACGUUCGGAUUCCACUCUUCAUCGACGUGGCCAAGCGAUUCGACCAAUGGGCACUACCAGCAGAUUUUGGGCCAAAUAUGGUUGACAUUGUAUUGAGUAUCAAUAUGCUCCACAUUUGUUCACAAACGGCUGUCGAUGGAUUAUUCGAGUCCGCCGAUCAACUCCUCAAUGAGACCACUGGAAAGCUCAUCACGUAUGGACCAUAUAGUGAAGAUGGAUUCAUUUCGCCGCAAUCGAAUAUUGCAUUCCAUGCAAGCCUGAAGAACCAAGACCCGGAAUAUGGUCUGAAAGAUAUAAAGAUAGAUUUCUAUGAAGUAGCCGAUAGCAUCAUCACAUAUGACGUUCCAACUUGUCACAGCUGGUUAUCAAACUGUCAAUCAGCGUAA